CGGGGCGGGAGUUCCAUGGAGACUGGGGAGCGCGCCCGCCUCAUCAUCAUCCUUGUCCUCCAGCUUAUCCUUCGCGUCCGCCGCCACCGGCAGCAGCGCUGCCGCCGCGUCCUCUGCCGCCGCCCGCUCUUCCCACGGAUGUGAUCUUCGUGGUGGGAAGCGAAGUUUUUAAACUACCCCAAUGGAUGCAGACAGUGAUGUUGCAUUGGACAUUCUAAUUACAAAUGUAGUCUGUGUUUUUAGAACAAGAUGCCAUUUGAACUUAAGGAAGAUUGCUUUGGAGGGAGCAAACGUAAUUUAUAAGCGUGAUGUUGGAAAAGUAUUAAUGAAGCUUAGAAAGCCUAGAAUUACAGCAACAAUUUGGUCCUCAGGAAAAAUUAUUUGCACUGGAGCAACAAGUGAAGAAGAAGCUAAAUUUGGUGCCAGGCGUUUAGCCCGUAGCCUCCAGAAACUAGGAUUUCAGGUAAUAUUUACAGAUUUUAAGGUUGUUAAUGUUUUGGCAGUGUGUAACAUGCCAUUUGAAAUCCGUUUGCCAGAUUUCACAAAGAACAAUAGACCUCAUGCCAGUUACGAACCUGAACUUCAUCCUGCUGUGUGCUAUCGGAUAAAAUCUCUAAGAGCUACAUUACAGAUUUUUUCAACAGGAAGUAUCACAGUAACAGGGCCCAAUGUAAAGGCUGUUGCCACUGCUGUAGAACAGAUUUACCCGUUUGUGUUUGAAAGCAGGAAAGAAAUUUUAUAAUUCAUCGCUGAAUUGGUUAGAAUCCCUAACUGAGCACCUUUUAAAACCUGCUGCACAUUGGACUCAAAACAAAAGGAAAACUGGACCAACAGUAAUUGAGGAAAUAGACUCUUUUAUUCAUUCACGGCUACAGUGUAAGCUCCAGUCCCUUUGGAUUUUAUUUCAAACCUUGCUGUAAUAUAAAAAGGAAGUUUACAAGACAUGACUUUGCUGCUUUUACAAAAGGACAUUCUAUUUAUUUUCGCAGUAAUUUUCAUGUCCCCAUGAGCAGAGCUGUCACAGUGUGCACUACCUUAAAUUGUUUUGUUGUUGUCAUUAUCUUUUUCCAGUUUGAGCUAAUGUGUUUUAUUUGUGAAUAGUCUUUUACAUUUUUGUAUGCUGAAUAUGGGCACCAAAGAACCUGUAAAAGUUAUCUUUUUCAAUUGAAUGUGCACAAAUAAAGGUUUGGAAAAGAUCUCUCUUCAUAUCCAUUCUAUAACUUUUAUUCCCCAUUUUCUAUUUUAACAAAAAUUGUAUUCAUAAUUCUUUUUUUUUUUUAAUCUAUGCAAGCUUAGACUUUUGCUAAAGUGUGUUGGCUCCUUUUGGAAGUGUAUUUUGUAAAUAUAUAUAUGCCACAUGUGUAUAGUAUCUUCUAAUGCUCUGUUACCAAAUAUCAAAUAGGAAUUUUUUCUUGCAGAUUAGAAAUAAAAACAUGUAUAUAAAUUCUAGGGAACUGGAUUAGAACUUUAUAGAUUAAGCAUAAUGUUUUAUGUUGCGAAUUUAACAUGAUAGAAAAUGUUAACUAUCUUUUAAAAGUCGCAAAAUUGUAGUUUUAAAAAGAGAAACCUCUUAUCUACAAGAUGAAUAUGAGAAAGAAGCUGUGAUGGGUUGUACCUCAUAUAUACCUUUGUUAUUCUGGAAAGACUCAACUCUGGUUCUAGGAAAGUAAUAAUCUUAGGUACUCAAGGCUAUACUAAGAGUCUUGCCAGAAGUUGAAACAUUGUGCUGUUUUAGCAAGAAGUGCCCAAAAGCUGACUCUGUGCCACAGUGUAAUUAUACUACAGUUCAUUUUGAACUUGAAAGCCAUUUUGCAAGAUAUGUCUUUCCCCUU